AAAAGUACAAACUUUGCAUGGCAAGUGUCGGUAGAGAUGGAGGAAUCUCAUAAGCGAAAACCCAAUGGUGAAGGAGCUACCGAAGGUGUUGGUCCUCGGACAGCCGGCUGUUUUCACCAUUUACGAAAACCGAUUCUCCGAGAAAUUCCAAUGCCUCAAAGCAUGGCAAUUUCCCAUGUCCACCGACCAAUUUCUCGCCGACCACGGAGGUUCCGUGGAGGCCUUGCUGUGUUCCGGCGAAACUCAAAUUACCGCCGACCUUCUCCUCCGCCUCCCCUCUCUCCGGAUUAUUGUCACCACCAGCGCCGGCCUCAACCACCUUGACCUUCCCGAGUGCCGCCGACGCGGAAUCUCCAUUGCCAACGCCGGCACCGUCUUCUCCGAGGACGUUGCCGACACUGCCGUCGGGAUGUUGAUUGAUGUUCUCAGAAAAAUCACCGCUUCCGAUCGGUAUGUUCGGACUGGUCUAUGGCCAAUUCGAGGAGAAUAUCCCCUCGGUUCUAAGUUGGGAGGCAAGCGAGUUGGAAUUGUUGGAUUGGGAAGCAUUGGCUUAGAAGUUGCAAAGAGGCUCGAGGCCUUUGGUUGCUCCAUCUCAUACAAUUCAAGGAAGAAGAAGCCAUCUGUUUCUUAUCCCUUCUAUUAUGACAUUUGUGAACUCGCUGCUAACAGUGACAUCCUAGUUAUUUGCUGCGCAUUGACUGACCAGACUUGCUACUUGAUUAACAAAGAAGUCUUGUUGGCACUGGGAAAGGAAGGAGUCGUUGUAAAUAUUGCUCGUGGGCCUGUUAUCGAUGAAAAAGACUUGGUGCAGUGUUUGUUGCGAGGGGACAUUGCUGGCGCCGGGUUGGAUGUGUUUGAGAACGAGCCUGAGGUUCCUGAAGAACUCUUUACAUUGGAUAAUGUUGUCAUGUCACCGCACUGUGCUUUCUGUACUGAGGAAUCUUUCCUGGCUCUGUAUGAGCUUAUGUCAGGGAACUUGGAAGCUAUCUUCUCAAACAAACCUCUACUGUCUCCAGUCAUGGAUUAUCUUAAUUAAAUUUCUGGCUAGUUCCUCAUACUUUAGAGGAGUUGACUUCAUUUGAGUUGUUUAACUUCUCAUGCAACGUUUCUUUAUGAAGCAUUCAUUCAUGUGAAAAGUAAAAUACAACAAAAGUAGACCAGUAUAUCACAUUAUACUUUUUGAGUUGCUGUCAGGAACAUCUGUAGAUGCUGGACUAAGGUCGCUGCCAUGACAAUUGAUGAAAGGCAGAGAAGUAAAAGCAAUAGCAUGACCAUAUGUGAAGAGGUGUCAAGGAUGUUGAAAUGGGUGUGAAUCAAGCUGAGGAUAUGUGGAAACUACAAGUCGUUAAGAAUCCAUUUAUAUGUUAAUGUGGUUACUAGAUACAGACCUUACCUUGGAUGAACUGUACAAGAUGUUGUAUGACUGUCAAAACUGUUGAUUGCAAGGAAAUUGGUUUAUGCAUAUAUUGUUACUCUUUA